GUCACUCAGCUAAAUGCUCUGAUUACUGUGCUGCAUGGAGAGCUUUCCUUGGGUGAUCGACAGAAAAUCAUGACCACUUGCACCACAGAUGUUCACGCUAGAGGUGUAGUAGCAAGCCUUGUAGCUCAGAAGAUCACCGGUUCCCGAGCCGUUGCUUGGCUGUCACAGCUGUGCCAUAGAUGGGAUGAUGCCCAGAAACACUGUUUUGCCAACACUGACGCUCGGUUUCAGUACUUUCAUGAGUACUCGGGAAAUACCCCUUGGCUAGUUAUGACACCUUUGACUGACAGGUGAUGACUGUUAUUAAUAACAGUGUCCCAGUCUCUCCACCUAACAAUGAGCAUUGCUGCUGCGGGACUAGCCAACGCAGGUAAAACAGAGACCACCAAAGAUCUAGGCCGUGCCUUUGGUAUGAUGGUGUACGUCUUCAACUGUUCUGACCAGUUGAAUUACAAGUCUUUAGAGAAUAUCUGUAAGGGUUUGGUCGAGACAGGAGCUUGGGGAUGCUUUGAUGAAUUCAGUCACGUCUCUGUAGAAGUUCUGUCAGUCAUGGCAGUACAAGUAAAGACUUUCCAUGACGUGACUAGGAACAAGAAGCGAAACAGAUUUUUAUUCCUUGGUGAAAACAUUACAAUGAAGUCAUCGUUUGGAAUAUUGAUUACCAUGAACCCAGGAUAUGCAGCUUGGACAGAACUACCUGGAAACCUCAAAGCUCUGUUCAGGCUCUGUGCUAUGGUUGGCCCUGACGUUGAACUGAUCUCUGAAAUCAUGUUGGUUGCUGAAGGGUUUAUUGACGCACGCCUGUCAGCCAGGAAGUUUAUUACCAUGUACAAUCCCUGCGGGGAGCUGCUUCCUAAGCAGGACCAUUAUGACUGGGGGGUUUGUGCUAUCAAGUGUUUGAUAGUUGCUGGCCCACUGAAACGAGGAGACAAGAACAGACCUGAGGAUCAGGUGCUUAUGUGAGCCUUAAGAGACUUCGGUUUGCCUAAAAUUAUGACAGAUGAUAUCCCAAUUUUCACAGGCUUGAUCCGUAACCUGUUUCCAGCUCUGGAUGUUCCAAGGAAGAGGAACCUGCAAUGUGAACAGAUGGUUAAAGAGUCUACAAUAAACAAGAGCUUUAUUCUCAAAGUGUUGAGGUUGGAGGAGCUCCUGGCAGUGCAUCACUCUGGGUUUGUCAUUGGAAAUAUGAGGACUGGAAAGAGUAAGCUGCUGAAUGGUCUGCAACACACGUACAUGAACACGAAACAAAAGCCUGUUUGGAAUGACCUUAACGCAAAAGCUUUGACAGCUGAUGAACUGUUCAGUUUUAUACACCAUGCAACCUGAGAAUGGAAAGAUGGUCUUCUGUCAUCUCUUCUGAGAGAGCAAGCUAAUGUUACCCAUAAGGAGCCACAAAGCUUAGUUUUUGAUGGGGUUAUAGAUCCUAUGUGAAUUGGGUUGCUCAACACUGUUGUGGAUGAUAACAAGGUUCUGACCCUUAAAAGCAAUGAACGUGUGCCUCUGACUCCGUCAACGCGGCUGUUAUUUGAGGUGCACUAUUUAAGACCUACUAGCCCAGCUGGAGUAUCCAGAGCUGGUAUUCUCUGUCUGAACACCCAGGACGUGGCGGGGAAUCCUCGAGUAUCUGAUGAUAUUAAAACAAGGAGAUACCAAUCCAAAAAGGCUAACUUGACUGUGCUCUUUGAUAAAUACAUGCCUUCUUACUAGGAGCAACUCAGAAGAGGAUUUAAAACUGUUACUCCUAUUCCUGAGAAUAGUAUGAUUCAGACACCCUGUUCUCUGCUGGGUUGUUCACUGACCCAUGAAAAUGUGCCAAUGGAUUUCCCCAGAGAGCUCUGAGAGAGGUAUUUUUAAUUUGCUUGUAUUUGGGUGUUUGGUGGGGCGCGCUCUCAAGAUCAGCUUUCAAAUUACCAAGCUGAAUUCAGCUGCUAGUGGCUUAAGAAGAUGAAGUCAGUGAAGUUUCUCCAGGGCACAGUGUUUGAUUAUUAUCUUGAUCUGGAGACCAGGAAGUUCCUGCCCUGGAUGGGUAAGGUCCUGACUCCUGACAUGGAUCCAGAUGCCCCUGUGCAGGCAAUCUUUGUUCACACAUCUGAGACUGCACCUUUCAAAUAUUUUAUUGAUUUACUUUUAACAAAAGGCAAACCAGUCCUGCUUAUUGGAAAUGCCGGAGUAGGAAAAACAGUGUUUGUAGGCAAUAGGCUUGCUGCUGUCUCUGAAGACUACCUCCCAGAUGCUUGGGAAAAAGCUGGUCAUGGUCCAGUAGGAAAUAAGAAACUUAUCUAUUUUAUUGAUCAUUUGAAUAUGCCUGAAGUGGAUAGAUAUGGAACGGUGCAACCUAAUGCAUUGAUUCGGCAGCAUAUAGAUUAUGGGCACUGAUAUGAUAGGCAAAAGCUAACUAUUAAAGAAACUCAUAAUUGUCGGUAUAUUGCCUGUAUGAAUCCAACUGCUGGCAGCUUCACUAUCAACCCUAGACUCCAGCUACGGUUUGAAGUGUCACAUUAUAGCAAUCCUACAUUUUGCGUGUAUAGCAGUAUAGUUUGCUUCGGCUUCCAGCAACAUGCUUUUACUCCAUCAGUAAUCAAGAAUAUUCCAGCCAUAGUACAAGUAGCUGUAUGAUUUCAGCAGGUGAUGGUUCAAAACUUCCCGCCAACUGCUAUUAAGUAUAUCCUUAACACAGGAGAACACUCCAGUGUCUUCGAGGGUAUUCUGUUUGCUACACCCAAGUGUUUACAGCAACCAAAUGAUCUUCAACGUCUCUGGCUUCACGAAUCAGCACGUGUCUAUGGGGAUAAACUGGCAGAAAACAAAGACUGUAAUUUAUUUUAUAAAAUGAUGAUGGAUGCUAUGCACAAGUAUUUUGAGCCCCCAGUGCAAGCAUCUUCCUUACUGAGGAGAACCAGGUGCCUGGGUGGUUAUUCUUACCUUGUCUUAUUUGAAGGUGCCGUGCAGCAUGUGUGUCGGACCAGUCAUAUCCUAGAAGCCCCUAAGGGUAAUGCACUUCUGAUUGGAGUAGGUGCUAGUGGUAAACAAAGGUUGUUGAGGCUGGCAGCCUCUGGAGUUUUCUGCUCCCUGGAGGUUUUCCAAAUCACACUGAAGAAAGACUAUGGGAUCCAGGCCCUGAGGGUAGAUCUUGCCAGUUUGUACAUCAAGACUGGUGCCAAGAACAUGCCCACAGUGUUUUUGCUGACAGAUGCCCAGGUUCCAGAUGAAUGCUUUCUUGUGCUGAUUAAUGACUUGUUGGCAUCAGGAGAGGUUCCAGAUCUGUUCAGUGAUGAAGACAUGAAGGGCAUAGUUACAGGAGUUAGAAAAGAAGUCUAAGCCCUGGGCCUGAUAGACACCAGAGAAAACUGCUGGAGGUUCUUCUCGAGUAGAGUGCGGCUGCAAUUAAAAGUUGUUCUGUGUUUCUCUCCGUUUCCUCGCGCCGGUGCCACGCUGCGAGCGCGAGCUGGGAAGUUCCCAGCCGUAGUUAACUGCGCGGCGACUGACUGGUCCCGCGGGCGGCCGCGGGAUGCCCGCGGCGUCAGCGGGAGGUUCAUUGAGGAAGCCCCGGGGGUCGUGACACUCAUCCAGGACUUCAUUUACGAUUUCAUGGCUUAUGCCCACACCAGUGUGAAUAUGCCGAGUCCCAAAUACAAUCAUAAUGAGAGACCAUACAAUUACACUGCUCUGAAUGGUUUUCUGGAGCACAUCAUGCUUUAGAAGAUCCUCCCAGAGAAAAAAACCAAGGAGAUGUUGGGACACAUGGAGCACUUGGUGAAUGGCGCGCAGAAGCUGAAGGCAGCAGCUUUUCAGGUAGAAGAUCUAAAAUCCAGACUUGCUUCUCAAGAGGCAGAACUGCAACUGAGAAAUCAAGAUGCUGAAGCUUUGAUUGCUAAGAUAGGGUUUCAGACUGAGAAAGUGAGCCAAGAAAAGGCCAUUGGAGAUGCAGAGGAGCAAAAGGUCAGUCUAAUUCCUCCAUUUAGUGCUAUUGAGCUAUAUUUAGUUAAUCUUACAGAACUGAAGGCCUUCACGAACCCAACAAUGGCUAUAACCAAUGUUCUUGCUGCAGUAAUGGUUUUACUGGAGUAUAAACGGAAAGUGCCCAAAGACCAAAGCUGGCAAGCUGCAAUCCUUAUGGGAAAGGUUGAUGACUUCUUACAAGUUUUAAUCAGCUAUGAUAAGCAGCAUAUUCCUCAGAAUUGUGUGCAAGUCGUCAAGGAACAUUACUCGAAGCAUGCAGAUUUUAACCCAAAUUAUGUUUGUACAAAAUCCUUUGCAGCAGCUGGUCUCUGUGCCUGUCAUCAAUACAGUUCUGGGCAGCAUCUGUGUAAGCUCACAGCUUCACUUUAGAAAACAGUUGUCGAGAAAGUCUGAUGUCAAGAUGAUGUGAACCAACGAAACAAAACUAUUGAGCUGGCCAACAGGUUGGUGAAGGGACUUGAGUCUGAAAACAUGUGUUGGUGCCAGUCCAUUGAAAACCUUGAAGCACUAAAGAAAACUUUAUGUGGUGACGUCUUAUUAAGAGCAGUGUUUGUGUCUUACUUUGGACCCUUCACAAAACACUAUCACCAGGAACUGCUGGAACGUUUCUGGGUUCCUUUUCUAAAGUCACAAAAGGUUCCUGUUCCUGUGACGAGGGUCUGGACGCGAUCGCCACAUCGACAGCUGAUUGCGGCGCGGAGUAACAAGGGACUGGCCGGUGAUAGGAUGUCGGCAGAAAAUGCCACUGUUCUAACGAACUGCGAGCGCUGGCCUCUGAUGGUAGAUCCCAAACACCGGGGAAUUAAACGGAUAAAGAAUACGUAUGGAGCUGACCUGAAAGUCGUACAUCUAGGACAGAAAGGGUAUGUUUUUCUGAAGAAAAGAGCUUUGGCCUGUGGAGAGACUGUACUAAUCAAACACAUGGGUGAAUCUAUUGAUCCCAUACUUGAUCUGCGGUUUGGAAGACAUACAGUUAAAAAGGGAAAAUAUAUCAAGAUUGAAGACAUGGAAUGUGAAUUCAACAAGAAUUUCCAUCUCAUCCUUCACACUAAACUGGCUAACCCUCACUACAAGCUAGAACUGCAGGCUCAGGCCACCCUCAUUAAUUUCAGUGUCACCAGGGACGGGCUGGAAGGCCAGCUGUUGGCUGAGGUUGUUAGUGCUGAAAGGCUGGAUUUAGCAAAACUCCUGGCCAAGCAGCAGAACCGUUUCAUGAGUGAGCUCAGGCAGCUGGAGGAUGACAUGCUGCUCAGCCUGUCAGCUGCCCAGGGCAGUUUCUUGGACGACAGUGAACUUGUAGAGAAACUCAAAUCAACAAAGUCAACUGCAGCAGAAAUACAGCACAAGAUAGCUGAAGCCAAAGAAAAUGAAGUUCAGAUUAAUGUGACAAGAGAGCACAACAUGUCGGUUCUUUACUGUGUUAGCAGCAGCACUCAAUGCAGUCUUCCAAAAGCAAUUAAGCAGGCUGAAAAAUCAGGGGAUAUUCAGUGUCGUAUCUCUAACCUGACAGACGCUGUCACAUACUCACCCUUUAUUUUCACAAGCCAAGGACUUUUUGAAAAGGACAAGCUCAUUUUCUUGGCCCAAACUGCUUUUCAGAUUCUUCUAAGAAGUAAAGGGAUAGAACUCCUUGAAUUGGAUUUCCUUCUUCAGUUCAAAGUUGAACACACUUACAAGAAUCCUGUUGAUUUCUUAACUACUCAGUCACGGAGUGCCAUUAGGGCUAUGGCAGUGACGGAUGUGUUCAGAAGGUUAGAUAAAGGUAUUGAAAGAUCCACCAAAAGGUAGAAGUGGGUGGACUCAGAAUGUCCAGAAAAAGAAAAGCUUCCCCAGGAAUGGACAAAAAAAAAAAGCUUUCUUCAGAAACAAAUCAUACUGAGGGCACUCCAUCCGGACAGAAUGAUGUAUAGGAACUUUGUGAAGGAAAACCUUGGCUCAAAAUAUAUGGAAAGCACAAGGAUGGACUUCGCAAAAUCGUAUGAAGAGAGCAGUCCAGCCACUCCUGUGUUUUUCAUUCUGUCUCCAGGAGUAGACCCACUCAAAGAUACUGAGGUAAGCCUCUCAUUUGCUUCUGGCAAAAAGCUUGGGUUCGGUAUAGACUCUGGAAGAUUUCAUAACACCUCUUUAGGACAAGGGCAGAAGAUGGUCGCAGAGGAGGCACUCAAGAAGGCUGCCAGACAUGGCCAUUGGGUUCUUCCCCAAGGGAGCAAUAUUCAUCUAGUAGCCAAGUGGCUAGGAACCCUUAAGCAAUACAGUGAAGAAAGUCAUCCUGAUUUCCAUGUCUUUAUCAGUGCUGAACCAGCUCCAACCCCAGAAGAGCACAUCAUUCCUCGAGGAAUACCAGAAAACUCCAUUAAAAUUACCAGUGAACCUCGUACAGGGAUGCUGGCUAAUUUACAUGCUGCACUCUACAGUUUUGACCAGGUUACCCUUGAACCGCGCACCGGAGAAGGGGAAUUUAAAAGCAUCCUUUUCCCUCUGUGCUGUAUUCACACUCGCCUCGCUGGGGGGCUGACGUUUGGCCCUCGGGGCUGGAACGGGAGGUACCGCCUCGGUGCUGGAGAUCUCGCCGUCUGCAUCGCUGUCCUCUGCGACUGUUUAGAGACCCUUAUGAAGGUUCCAUGGGAAGACUUGUGUUACCUCUUUGGUGAGAUCAUGUACAGUGGCCACAUCACCGAUGUCUGGGACCACAGGUGCUGCUGUAUAUAUCUGCAAGAAUUCAUCAGCCCACCUGUGCUUGAAGGAGAACUGGCUCUGGCACCAGGUUUCUUGGCACCAAAUUUGGAUUAUGCUGGAUGCCAUAAAUAAAUAGAUGAAAUGCUUCCAUCUGAAAGCCCAGUACUGUAUGGACUGCAUCCCAAUGCUGAGGUGGGAUACUUGACAGCAACAUCAGAUAAUCUCUUCAAAACUCUUUUGGAAAUGAAACCCAUGAAUUCAUCUGUAGGUGAGGGAUCAGGCUAGUCUGGCGGAGGAAAAGGUAAAAAUGUCCUGGAUGAUAUUCUGGAGAUGCUUCCCGAGGAGUUUAACAUGGCAGAAAUCAUGCAGAAGACUGCAGGACGGAGGCCCUAUGUCCUUCUUUGCCUUCAAGAGUGUGAGAGGAUGAACCUCCUCCUUUCAGAGAUCUAUAGGUCUCUUAAACAGCUGGACCUUGGUCUGAAGAGGAAGUUAAUGUUUUCUCACACGGAAAUGCUGCAGUCCGCAUUCUUCUACAAUGCUCUGCCAGACACAUGGACUACACUAGCAUAUCCAUCCACGUACAGCCUUGCCCACCGGAUGACCAAUCUUCUCACGUGAUAUGGAGAACUUGAGAUCUGGAUGCAGGACCUUGUGCUGCCAGCAGUGGUAUGGCUUUCUGGCUUGUUCACUGUAAUGCAGAGCGUGCCAGACAAGAACAACUGGCCUUUGGGUAAGGUCUGCUUGACUGUAGAUGUUACCAAAAAGACCAAAGAAGAUGGUUCCUCCCACCCACCAGGGGAAGGAGCCUGUAUCUGUGCGCUUUUCAUGGAAGCUGAGAAGGGGAGUGACAAAGCAGCUUUGGUCGGCACCUGGUGUGCAGUCAGGGUCAACCCACCACACAGAGGAAAGCUCCAGGAAUUGACUCCAGUAAUGCCAGUCAUUUUAAGGGCUAUUCCAGUGGAUCAAAGGGGAACUAAGAAAACUUACGACUGUCCAGUUUGUAAAACCAAAAGUAGAGUGCCAACCUACACCUAUGUUUGGACUUUCAAUCAGAAAAGCCAGGGGAAGCCAGCGAAAUGGGUUCUGGCAGGAGUAGCUUUCCUCUUGGCAGUUUAG